AUGUACCAGAGCUUGGCGCUGGCCCCGAAUCCCAGCCAGGCUGCCUACGGGGGCGAUUCGGGCGCCUUCGUGCACGGCCCGGGCGCCGGGUCCCCGAUGUUCGUGUCGCCGGCGCGCGGGCCCUCGGUGCUGCCCUACCUCCCGGCGUGUGAGCCGGGCCUGCAGCCUCCCGCGCUCGCCACGCACCCGGGCUGGGCGCCGGCGGCCUCCACCGAGUCCUCGACCUUCGGCUCCAGCAGCCCGCAGCCUCCGGCCGGGGCCCCCGCCUUCCCCUUCCCGCACAGCCCCCCGGGGCCCGGCAGCGGUCCGGGAGCCCGGGACGGCGGCGCCUACCCGGGCACGCUGCUGGCGCGCGAGCCCUACCCGGCCCCGCUCGCGCGGCCCGCGGGUGCCUCCUACCCCGCCGCCUACCCGGCCUACGUGAGCGCCGAGGGAACGCCGUCCUGGGCAGCCGGGCCGUUCGACGGCAGCGCCCUGCACGGCGCGCGGCCCAGACCGGGUGGCGGCCCUGGCUCUCGCCCCACCUGCUGCCUGUCCCCUGCAGUGCCCGGCUUCUUGGAGGACUUCCCCGGCGAGGGCCGCGAGUGUGUCAACUGCGGGGCCCUGUCCACCCCGCUGUGGCGCCGGGACGGCACCGGCCACUACCUGUGCAACGCCUGCGGUCUCUACCACAAGGUCAACGGGGUCAACAGGCCCCUGGUGCGGCCUCAGAAGCGCCUGUCCUCGUCCCGCCGAGCCGGCCUCUGCUGUACCAACUGCCACACCACCACGACCACGCUGUGGCGGCGGAACGCAGAGGGGGAGCCUGUGUGCAACGCCUGCGGGCUCUACAUGAAGCUGCACGGAGUGCCGCGGCCUCUGGCCAUGAAGAAGGAGAGCAUCCAGACCCGGAAGAGGAAGCCCAAAAACCUGACAGCCAAGGCCAAAGGCCCCUCAGGCACCAGCGUGGACACGGCUGCCUCCCCGCCCACCGGCACCCACAGCUCUGCCACCAGUCUGAAGGCAGUUGGUACUCUGCUGUCCCCGGCGUGCCCUGCGCCCAGCGUCGCCUCACAGGCCCCCGGCAACAUGGACGACCCCCUGGCCCCAAACCACCUGGAGUUCAAGUUUGAGCCUGAGGACUUUGUCUUCCCUGCCACAGCCCUGAGCCCCCAAGCUGGCCUCGGAGGGGCCCUGCGCCAGGAGGGCUGGUGUGCCCUGGCCUUGGCCUAG